UCGAGAAAAUGAAAAUAAACAGGACACACAUGAUCUCUUUGAAAAGUAAUCUACGCUAUUUAUAUAAAACUGACAGUUACUCCCCAAUGCUUGAAUAAAUUUACAUCUGUUCUAAGACAUGAUGGUUUGACAGAGAUGUCUGACACAGAGGUAAAGUCAGAUCCAGAGGAUGACACCUUGUCUCCUGAGGAAAGCUUGCUGUUGUAUGCCAGGAAUGGAGAUAUUAGUGGUGUAGAGAGCCUUCUAGAAAAAAGAAAUGGAAAACAGAUUUCUUUAGAUCUAAAUUGUAAAGGGAACCAGAAAUCUAACAGAGGAUGGAGUCCUCUACAUCUGGCAGUAUACUUUGGUCAUACAGCUGUGGCAAAACUUCUUUUGGAGCAUGAUGCAGAUGUAAAUAUUGUGAACAGUGUUGGAGAUACACCCCUUCAUAGAGCAGCUUAUACAGGCAGACAUGAAGCAGUAACGUUACUGGUACAACAUAAGGCUGAUAUACAUGUUAUCAAUGCUGAAGGCUUCUCUCCAAAAGAUGUGGCCAGGAACAAAGAUAUUAAUCAACUUUUAGAAGCUGCAGAAAAUCAUGAGAAUCUACAAACUCACAAAGAAUUUUUGUCAUCUGUUAGGGAUGGCAACCUGGAAAAUAUACAAGGCAUGCUUAAAAGCAAGAAGCCUCCAGAUGUAAACAAAACAGAUGAGUUUGGUAACACAGCUUUACACAUAGCUGCACAAUCCAAUCAGAAAGAAGUGGCUGUUCUGUUGUUACAGAGUGGGGUUAAUGUAACAGCAAAGAAUGCCAAAGCCCAGACAGCUAUAGAUUUUGCAUACAACACACCAAUGAAACAAUUACUAUCUGUUACACCAGUGAAAAAUAUACCCAAACUUCCUCAUCACUGGGAAGGCAUCUUACUUAAGAAAUCUAGAUUCCUUGGCUUCCAGGCAUUAUGGGUAGUUUUGGAGAGAGGUGUACUUUCAUAUUUCAAGAAUAGGGGAGAUGCCAGUAGUGGAGUAAAGAGAAAAGGAAUGAAGUAUUUAGAUAAUGCUACUGUACUGGGAAGAGAAUCUGAACCAAGUGAGUUUGUUAUCCAUUAUUCGGAUGGUACCAGACAUACGUUUAGUUUUCCUCCUAAAGAACUUGAUCUAGUUGUUAAACAGAAACUGUUCAACAUCCUGAAGGAACAUAUCACAUUCAGUACCCACUACACGUCACAGGGUAAACAGCUGGAUGGUACCAGCCAGGAGAUUGUUUCAAUGAGGUCUGUUGAAGACUCAUUUAAGACUGCAGAAGCACAUCAUAAUUUGUUAGAGAAAAAAAUCAAUAAAAUGUUUGAAGAGGCCACUCAUGUACAGGCAAAUUCAGCAAGUUCAGCUGGAUUAGUUGGUAUGAUGGAACAGAUAGAAGAUGUGAUGAAUUUAUCUAAAGAAAUGACUAUGUCACUGAAACAAUGUCUCACACAGUUCAAACAACAAGAAGAGCUGAGACAAAAACAGUUGGAAGAAGAGAUGGAAAAGUCCAGAGUUUUGCAGGAAGCUUUACAUGCAUUGGCAACAGAACAUCAUGAAUUAGAGCGUACGAUAGGUGGUAAAAAAUCUCCUCCUCGGUGCUAUGAUACGGACGAUGAUGAAUUCUAUGACUGUGAUGGAGAAGAGAGCGGAGAGUUUGAUAUGGAUAUGAAAUCAGUAACAAACUUUGACGCUAUGUCUUAUCAAUCAGCGGACUCAGGAAACUUUCCUUGUAAUAAAUCAUCUAACUGUGAUAUACCCAAAAAUGGAAGAACGAAGCUUCCAGUACCAAUGUUUGACAGAAAUGAUUUCAGUAUAUGGAGUAUACUAAAGCAAUGUAUAGGGAAGGAAUUAUCAAAGAUUACUAUGCCAGUUGUGUUCAAUGAGCCAUUAAGUUUUCUACAGAGAAUAUCAGAGUAUUUAGAAUAUGCUAAAUUAUUAGAACAGGCCAACUUGAGUGAUGAUCCAGUAGAGAGGCUAACAUAUGUUUCUGCAUUUGCUGUCUCUGCGAUCUCAUCUAAUUGGGAGAGAAUUGGUAAACCGUUUAAUCCUUUACUAGGGGAGACUUAUGAGUUUACAAGGCCAGAUUUAGGAUUUAAGAUAAUAAGUGAACAGGUCAGCCAUCAUCCUCCAGUCAGUGCGUUUCAUGCUGAAUCACCUCAUUUUAAAAUACAUGGAUCGAUUUAUCCCAAGUUAAAAUUCUGGGGAAAAUCUGUAGAAGUCAAUCCAAAGGGUGUUAUUACAUUAGAACUUUUGCGGCAUGGUGAAACAUAUACUUGGUCCAAUAUAAACUGUUGUGUUCAUAAUGUGAUAGUAGGGACUAUCUGGAUAGAGCAUUAUGGUCCCAUGGAAGUUAUUAAUCAUAAAACCAAACACAAAGCAUUACUUAACUUUAAACAGGGAGGCUGGUUUGGUCGAGAUUUACAUAAAGUAGAAGGAUUUAUUUAUGAUAGCAAUAAACAAAAAGUAAAGGCAUUAUAUGGAAGUUGGGUAUUAGAUAUGUACAGUGUCCCUGCAGAUAUUUAUGAACAGCAUAUGAGUGAAACAGUUAAUCAUCAGCCAUGCCAGCAUAAAGAUAAAAUGAAUGGUUCUAACAACGAAAAAGAUGAUGUUACAACAAAACAUGCAGUAUUACAUACCUAUGAUUUACAUAUCCGUGAUCAACAGAGUGUGUGGAAGUGUAGACAGCGUCCAAGUCAUUCUGAUGAGUAUUUUAAUUUUACAUAUUUUGCCAUGUCAUUAAAUGAGCUGACAGAAGACGUAGCAGGCAAACUAGCACCUACAGACUCACGUUAUAGACCAGACAUUAGGUUGUUAGAGGAAGGUAAAAUAGAUGCUGCUUCUGAAGAAAAGAAUAGGUUGGAAGAAAAACAAAGAACAUCAAGGAAAGAGAGAAAAAAGAAGAAAGACGAAUGGACACCUACCUGGUUUAAGUUAGGAAAAGAUCAAUACACGGGAAAAGAUACAUGGAUUUUUACUGGUGAAUAUUGGGAUAGGAACUGGCAAAAAUCACCGGAUAUUUUCUGAUGUUAAUUUUUAUUAGUAUUCAAAUUAGCAAUGUGUCAAAAUUUCCCUAAACCAGGAAAUAUGUUCAUGGGAGAUAACUCCAGGACAAAUACCCUCAUGGAAAUACCUGAAAUCCUAUUUGUUCAUGGAGAUGGACAGUUUAGAAAAAAAAUAUGAGAAUCAGAUAGAAAGAAAGUGUAACACUGAACAUGGAUUUUUCUUCUUUGCUGAUGGUGUUAGUUGGAUUUACAGAUUAUUCUGAUUUGAUGGUUAAAAUGUAAUUCUAUU